CCCUAAAGCUUCUUUUUCUGGAAAGUGGCUUUUAUUGGCAGGCCAGGGUAUAAUUUGCCCUGCCAGGUGGGAGCCGUGGCUGAGGAAUGCAGAGGAGGAAGAGCUGGGGACAGCCUGCAUUCCUGGCAGUGCGGGAGCAAGUGGGGCGCCUCCAGUGUCUGCGGCCCUCCCCGCCCCGCCAGCUGGCAAACAUGUGCUGUGACUGCCAGGCCGCCAGGGAGCCAUGAAUGAAGGAGGCUGGGCUGAGGUUUGAAGUAGUGUUAUGAUUAUUCUCGACAAAGACGAGAGGGCACAGCUGUUCAUUCAGGAAAAGAGCAGCCCGUGGCACCACCCACCUACCCACCAGCAGCUGAGCUACAAAGAAAUCAUCUGCUGAAAACCAGGGGCUCCGCCCUGGAGGCUAUUUCUGUGGAAACCAAGCAUUCAAAAUCUCAUCUCCUCGAAAGCCUCCGUCGCCUUGGAGAGACUGUAGAGGAUCACUCUGGCUGCAGCUUAGAGGACGGCCCGAGGCCAGCAAGGAGAGUAGUUACCGGCUGGGCGAGAGAUGACUGGAUUGCACCGAGGUCGCCUAGCAACCUGAGAGCGUUGUCGGAGGGUUGACAGCUGCGCCUGCGGCAGAGCCCCCCGCGCAGGCCGGGAUGUUCGUCCUGGUGGAGAUGGUAGACACCGUGCGGAUCCCCCCGUGGCAGUUUGAGAGGAAGCUCAACGACUCCAUUGCCGAGGAGUUGAACAAGAAGUUGGCCAACAAGGUCGUGUACAACGUGGGACUCUGCAUCUGCCUGUUUGACAUCACCAAGCUGGAGGACGCCUAUGUGUUCCCGGGGGACGGUGCAUCACACACCAAAGUUCACUUUCGCUAUGUGGUGUUCCAUCCGUUCCUGGACGAGAUUCUGAUUGGAAAUAUCAAAGGCUGCAGCCCGGAGGGAGUGCACGUCUCUCUAGGGUUCUUCGAUGACAUUCUCAUCCCUCCAGAGUCACUGCAGCAGCCGGCCAAGUUCGAUGAGGCAGAGCAAGUGUGGGUGUGGGAGUACGAGACGGAGGAAGGAGCGCACGACCUAUACAUGGACACCGGAGAGGAGAUCCGCUUCCGGGUGGUGGACGAGAGCUUUGUGGACACGUCCCCCACUGGGCCCAGCUCAGCCGAUGCCACCUCUUCCAGCGAGGAGCUGCCAAAGAAGGAGGCUCCGUACACGCUUGUGGGAUCCAUCAGUGAGCCGGGCCUGGGCCUUCUCUCCUGGUGGACUAGCAGCUAGCACUGGGGCUUUGACACUGGACCCUGCCCAGCCCUCGGGAAGGUGGUGCGGCGGGUCCUGAAGACGACAGGAUGCCGAGGAGCAGCCUGUGCCCUUCCAGGCUGUCCCCUCCCCUCCUCCUCCCAGACCUACUCCACUAAGUCCCACCGUCCACAUGGACUUCUGCCUGUCAGUGACAACAAAGAUAUUUAAUAAAUGAUGGCCACGUCAGUUGGGA